UCUUGAGAGAGAAACAAUUAAUUCUUCUUCUUUUUUUUGGUUAAUUUUUUUUUUCUUGAGAAUUAAUCAAAUAAUUUUGUUGUUGCUAUGGAAAUGAGAAUGAGAGAGGAGUCGUCGAAGAAGAGAUUGUCAAGCAGAAAAUUGGGAAGAUUUCUCAAACAACAGAGAGGGAGGCUCUACAUAGUGAGAAGAUGUGUAGUUAUGCUUCUUUGCUGGCAUGACUGAUUUAUUUUUUCCAAAAAUUAAUUAGUUAGAUAUUUUGCUCUAAAUUACUUUCUUUAAUUUCUUGGGCUUAAUUAAUUUUACUCUGCUUUUUUUAUCUGUAAAUAGGCGUAUCAUCAUUUUAGCCUCUGUGCAUGGCAUUCAUUUCCAGAGGAAAUCGGCUUAUAAUUUACUGUGUUGAAUUUUGAGUUAAUAUUCAGCCAGAUUUAUA